AUGCAGAUGAAACUCCGGCUUCGGAAAAUUAGGAACGACACAAGAUGGCGGAUGCACGGAGCGGCGUGCAGUCUGGGCACCAUAAACCCAGAGCUCUACAAAACAGACGAACUGGAAGGCGAGUAUGACCAGUACCCGGAUGACCACAUCGGGCGCGUCUGGCUUCAGCUGGAGUAUUUCAGCGACUCCGAGAAACUCCUCGUGAAUCUGAUCAAGGCUAAAAACCUCCCGAGCCGCCUCAUCGGUUCUAUCAACGCGUGCGAUCCUUACGUGAGGCUGUACCUCAUGCCGGACGAGCGCCGUUAUCUCCAGACGAAGACGCGGAGGAAAACCUGUAACCCGAGAUUCGACGAGACCUUCUGUUUUCAGAUCACGGCCAAGGAGCUGGAGGACAGAGCGCUCAAACUCACCUUCUACGACGUCGACCGCGACAAGAAGCACCAGGUGAUCGGCCACGUCCUCUGCCUCCUGAAGGACCUCGCCCCCUGGGAAGGAAAACGAAUGAUCCGACGCGACCUUGAGAGGGAAGUAAGCCUAAGUCCUCGCCAACUCGGACAACUCGAACUUACUCUCUGCUACAACGACAACCUGGAGCGCCUCACGGUUACCGUCGGGGCGGCCAGGCAGUUGAAGGUAGAGGAUGACCGGUCUGACAAGAAUGAGUUCCAGGCCCGAAUUGCUCUCAUGCAACAGACCAAGGUGACUAAAACAAAGAAAACGGGUGUAGUGAAAGGCACCGACUCGCCUUCCUUCUACGAGAGUUUUAACUUCAAGGUGGCACCAGAUGCCCUCGACACAACUGCAGUGUGUGUUACUGUCACUGUCGGGAAAAAAUCUGAUAACGUAGUGGGUCGCGUCCAGCUGGGUUCCUUCAUGUUCUCCCGCGGGAAGGCACUGGAGCACUGGGAUCAGAUGGUGGCCAGAAAGAGGGAGCAUGUCAAGCAGUGGCACACGCUCUCUUAGGUUCCCCUCUCCUCUCGUAGGCUCUGUGUUUUCUGGUCUUUUUUUUUUUUUAGUCUGCCCUCUCUUCCUUUUCCUUAUCUUCAUCUUCGUUCUCUUUCUUCUAUGCCUCUUUCUUCUUUUCCUUCUCCUUCUAUUCAUCCUCUUCCUUUCCUCCUCCUUCACUUCCUCUUCCCCUUCCUCUUUCUCUUUCUCUUCCUUUUCCCCCUCUUCCUUCUUCCUCUUCCUCCUCCUUCACCUCCUCUUACCCUUCCUCUUCCCCUUCCUCUUCCUCCUCUUCCUCCUCCUCCUCCUUCACCUGCUCUUCCCCUUCCUCCUCUUCUUUCUCUCUCCCCUCUUCCUCCUUCCUCUUCCUCCUCCUUCACUUCGUCUUCCCCUUCCUCUUCCCCUUCCUCUUCCUCCUCUUUCUCUUCCCCUCUUCUUCCUUCCUCUUCCUCCUCCUUCACCUUCUCUUCCCCUUCCUCUUCCUCCUCCCCUUCUUCCUUCCUCUUCCUCCUCCACCGAUCAAACCGGGACACACAUCCUCUGUUAAAAUUGCUCUCUCACUUAAUCCUCUCCAGACCCUCCUCUCUCCUAUCCACUUUGCAGUCUCCCCGCUCUCGUCUAGGCCUCCCUCUGCCUUCGUGUCUUAGGGAAUGUUGAAUUAAUCCCUCCUUGUGAAGGAUUAUGAAGUCUUUUGCAGGCUUCCCUGUUCUUGAUUCCCCUUUCUCUUUCUUUUUUCUCUUUCCCUUUCCAUUUUCCUCUUCAUCUCCCUCUCCUUUUUUUCUCUCACUCUCU